AUGGGCGGAUCCACGUUCACGCUCGAAAGGAAAGAUUUUCAAGUCCCCAAGUAUUCGCAGUACGCGAACAACUACCACGUCACCUUUCACAAGGUGAACAAUCCGUCCGUGGCACGUGCGAUCGUGAAACAAUUGGCGUUGUCACCUCCGGUGGCUUCACUUCCCAAGGACGAUCCUCCCUUGCGGGAAAUCACCGUCAUCGACCCAGCUGAUCAACCAGUUGCCCUUGUGUUCCAACACAAGAUUGCAGUGUUGAACAAGCAUUCCCCGGGAUUCAACGACCAAUACAACUGCUGGUACCUCCUGUUAUUGGACUGCGACAUGUCGAUUGAACAAGGACACGGUGGGGCGCCAACAAUGGAAGACUAUGACAUGGGUGACGCUGCAGUCAGCCCGCCAGUCGUUUUGAACGCAAACGAGGUGAAUGCUAUGGAAGGCAUGGACACUCCACACCAAAUCCAGCUCGAUACCGCUCCCGAAGUGGAGGAGCAAUACACUUCUCCGCUGGAAUUCCAACCGGUUACGGGCGACCGGUUCAACCCAGCUCCCAAGCGGCCAUUGUCACCUCUGUCACCGCAAGUAACAACGUCAAACCGCAAUGCAUUGCUUCAAGAAGACGACUUGGAACUUUCCUUCGAAGGCUAUGCGCUGCCUAGGUCAAAAAUUGCGCACUUUGAACGGGCGACCAAGCUGAUUCGAGAGAAGGAUGUCGAAUCCAACAUCUUGGCGUGCACUCGCUUGCUCAAUGCCGAGCCGCAAGUGGUGGCGCAUUCCAUGUACCCAGCGGAGGCGGAAUUUGGAUUGUUGAAGGCUCUGGCUUCCACCCGCACCAUUCACCGUCUUAUGGCCUCUCACACUGAGACCGGCGACAGCGGAGACUACACGACGUACUUGCCGUUCACGCCAAAGGCUGCCAAGAUCAGCAAGAGCUUGCCCGUGAAUUGGCGGCCAAUCCAGCGGAGUCCACUGUUCGUUUGGCACUGGAACGCUCCGUACUUGUACAACAACCUCGACGCUCUGGAUCACUUCUGCGGCCAACGUGCCACACGGUGGGCGACUGGCGAUGUCCUGAUGGAUUUGUCAAUCCUGAAGGUGGCGAGAACUCUCUACCCAAUUCUCAAGAGCAUGAACCUGCCAUCGUUUAUUGGGGGCACACUAGAGUUCUUGGUGGAAACGAUUAUGGAUCACUCCACCAACCUCGACACUCUGUGCGACGAAGCGACGCACUCCAUGCAAGCCACAGCGUGGGAAGACCUCCAGGUCUCCGCGUAA